GCUGUUUGUGUGAGCGCUAUCUCAGCGGUGCGGUUGAAUUGGUUGAAAUUAUUCUGUUAUUUCUCUUUUUUCUCGACGUGGUCGGUAUGGCCGCCCGCUCGCGUAAGUUCGCGCCCCGUAUUCACCGUAAUCCUGCCUCGGCCAGCUCGUCCGCCAGCGAGGAAUCUGACGAUACGACGGAAACGUUGGUUUCGGCCAGCUAUGUAGAAAAUCUAGAAAAGGCCGUGCGCCUAGAACGUCUCGUGAAGGAGUACUUGAAGAUUCAGGCGAGAAUUGUACAACUUGAAGCUCGCAAGCAUUUAGGACGCCUGAGGCCCAGUCGAGUGGAAAAGGCCCGCCACGAUAUGACCAUUGCUGCACUCACAUUGCACGCUGCAGCGAAGAAUGCCCAGAGUCAGCAGAGCGAAGGCAGUGACAUAGUAGUGUCCAGCAAGGAGUGUGCCAAGGAUUGCAUGUCUAUGACAUCGCUCCUGCACGACUUGACGAGCAGCCAGAAUCUCGAGAGGAAUCUUGAUGAGGGCCUUACCUGGACUGGCUUCGAUCUGAAGGAGCUACAGGAAAAGGAGGAGCGUUUGUGCCAGGUUGCAGACACCAUCGACGCAGACGUCGAACAGCUGCAACAGCGCAUCAAACGUCUACAACACUAACAAGAUUAACUGACUGUGUAUAAUAGCCUUUGAAUGUUCCCUGUUUGUAAUAAA